GAUAAACAGCUGAUUGUAAAAUAAUAACAGCGGUGUACGCCUUCUAAGUAUAGUGAGCAGUUAUUUUAAUUCUUAUUUUUAAUUAAAUAAAUUGUUCGUUCAUACACAUUAAUAAUGGGGAUAAGUGACAGAAAUUCCGUUCAACAACUGGAGGAAGAUUUGGAAUUGUUAAAGGAAGAAUAUGCGAAGCAGAAGCGCAGCUAUACGGAAUUAGAAAGAAAGUACAACGAAAUUUUAGCUCCAUCAGCCAAUGACAAUUUUGUUUCCCGUUUGUCGUUAACGGUUGCUUCAUUAUUUGGAAGCCAUACUUAUGCUGAUAUUUACAUCCGAACACAUGCGAAAGUAUACCCGGCACAUAAAAUCGUCCUUCAUGCGCGCUCAGAAAAAUGGAGAGAUGAUGUUCUAGGCAGCAUAGAAGAGCUGGACUGGAGCGAUUUAAAUGAAGAUGUUGGGUUGGCACUUUUGCGAUGGAUAUACACUGAUCUUAUUGAUUUGCAGCAUGACGGACUAGCUUUGGAUGUUCUUAUAGCCGCACAUCGAUUCGGUCUACCAUCUCUUUUGGGACUGUGUGAGCGAGCUUUAGUUGCUUCUGUAGGAGUAAGGUCAUGUGUACGAUUUUAUUGUGUUGCUAAAGAAGUUGGUGCAUCAACAUUGUUAGAAUUUUGCUCUGGCAUAAUAUCAGCACACUGGGAUGACCUCACAACACAAGACUUUGAGCAUAUGGCCGGGCCUUUGUUGUUUGAAAUGCUCAGGACUAAAACAAAAUAUCCACUCCAUGCUGCUGUAAAACUCCUUAGGGAAGACGUUGUGAGCUUGUACAUUCAAGAAAAUGGUGACGCACUUCCACAACUAGUGAACAGAGUUUGCGAAAAUGGACUAUUGCCUCUUCAAAUUGCUUUAUCAGCAAAAAGCUUAAAAAUUGCUGAGACUCUUGUGAAAAGUGGAAUGGCUGACAUAAAUGCUGUUGAUAUGGAGGGAUCCACGCUGCUAAUUACUGCUUUGAGAAAUGGUGACGUUUUUUCAGCAAACUUUCUUUUGGAAGAAAAGUGUCUUUUAGACUACACUAACCCAUCAUCAGAUACUGCAUUACAUGUUAUAUGUAAUUACGAUGGAAAUCACGAAAAUUUUGCGGAAAUAAUAAACGUUGGAGUGAAUAUUUUACAAAGGAAUCCAAAUGUAAAUAUCCAAAACAUAAAAGGAGAAACACCAUUGCAUAUAGCGAUUGUCAAACAAAAUUUAGAAAUGGUAAAUCAUUUACUUAAAGCUCCACAUAUUGAUAUUAAUUUGCGCACUUUGGAUGAAAAGUGUGCUUUAGAACUGAGUUUACUAAUGGGAGAUCAAGAUUUUAAAAUAGCCUCAAUGCUUUUAAGUAUGGGCGCACAGCCAAAUUCUAUAAAGUCAAAAACUGGAGAUAACCUCAUACAAGUUUUUGCAAUGGACGAAGAUCUAGGGGAGCAAGCAGCCAUUUUUUUGGCAGAUUUUGCCGAUCUCGACUAUAUGAACUUGGGAGGGCUUACAGCCUUACAUAUUGCAGCGUUAAAAAAUAAGCCAAACCUAGUGAGAAAGUUAAUGGCUAAUGGUGCUUCGUGCAAUUUACAAUCCAUCGAGAGUGGUUUAAAAUCAGUUUUGCAUGUGGCAGUUGAAGCUAAUUCCGUUGAUGCCUUAGAAGCUUUUGUUCAGACAAAAAAUAAAGUCCACGAUGCUAUCGAUUUUGAUUGUAAAGAUAUUAAUGGUAACUCACCGUUAAGCCUAUGCUUAGCUCUUAAUAGAACUGCAAUGGUACCAAUUCUCAUUCGAGGCGGCUCAAAUGUAAAUGCAAGAAAUAAGGACAACUUAACACUUUUGCAUCAAUCAAUUAAGAAUGGAGACAGUGAUACAUCAAUAUUUUUACUAGAGCAAGGUGCAGAUUAUACUGCUGUUACAGAUGAUCAGGUUUCUGCAUUGGAGUUGUCGAUCGAGUACGAUCUACCUAGAGUCGUGGAUGCCCUUUGCACAAGAGGAUUUCCACUAAGAUCCGAUAAAAAUGGAGCUUCACCAUUAUGGACAGCUUUGGAGUUUGGGCGCGAGGAUGUGGCACGGGUGCUUGUGCGACAUGGUGUUGACACAGACUGCUGGGACAACGGACCUGAGGGAUGCCAACAAACACUUUUACAUCGUGCAAUUGAUGAAAACAGAGAAUCAAUUGCUAUAUUUCUUAUUCGAAGUAAAUGCGACUUAGACUCUCCAAAACAGCCAGGCCCCAAUGGGGAGGGUGGAGAUGAGGCUCUGGAAAAAGCUUCCCCGCUACAUUUAUGUUGUCAGUGGGGCUUAACCAAAGUUAUGCAGACACUAAUUGAUCAUGGUGCUAAUGUUAACGUAAUGAACGCUGAAAACAAGUCCCCACUUCAUGUAGCUAUUGAAAACCAACAUGAAGAAAUAAUAUCCGUUCUUCUUUGUCACCCUACUAUAGAACUAAAGCAUCGUGAUAGGUCCGGAAAUACGCCUUUUGCAGCCGCCUUAGGCAUUCGUAAUCACAAGGCCGCCCUACGCAUUUUAGAUAGAUUUCCUUCCGCUGCCGAGCAAAUGGACCAGCGCGGCAGAAAUUUUUUGCAUUUAGCAAUUAUGAAAGACGAUUUAGAAAGUGUUUUGUUUUUGAUAGCUAUUCAGGUAGAUGUAAAUUCUCGAGUGCAUGAUGUCAAUCAAUCUACCCCCUUGCACCUUGCGGCUGCAUCGAAUAAUGAAAUGAUUACCAGAAAUCUGAUUUUAGCUGGUGCACGUAUGAAUGAAAGGGAUGCUGUCCAAAAAUUGCCCCUACAUAUCGCCAUUGAACGCGGAAAUCUUCCUGCAGUAUCUGCUUUGAUUCAAAAUAAUGCCGACUACGACGCAACAGAUGCUGACGGCAAUAAUGCUUUACACAUUGCUGUUCGAUGCGGUCAGUUUCUCAUUGUACGUGAACUAUUAACAGAAUCAAGAGUAAACGCAGAAGCAACAAAUUUAAAAGGUCGAAAUCCUAUGCAUGAGUUGUGUCGUAUUGUGGAGGAUAAUACAGCCGCACUUAUUUGCGAACUUUUUCUGGAAUGUAUGCCAAACUAUCCAAUUGAUGUUCCUGACAUGGACGGAAAUACUCCACUUCUUCUUUCCUUUAUGCGAGGUCAGUCGCCACUUUGUAAAAUACUUGUGAAAGCAGGGGCGUGCCUUGGUACUGAGAACAGAGAAGGAGUAAAUAUAUUUAAUUUCAAGCUAGCGACAGAUCAAUUACUUCACAAAUUGUUGGACAUAUUGCCAAAAGAAUCGUCGUGGUCAGAGUGUGACUUAUGUCAAGAAUGUACAACUAGAUUUACGAUUACUAUGCGAAAACACCAUUGCCGGCAUUGUGGACGAGUUUUAUGUUCCAAAUGUUCCAGUAACGAUAUACCCAUUUUGAAGUUUGGUAUCAACAAACCAGUCAGAGUUUGCAGCGUUUGCUUUAAUGUACUGCAAAGUGGAAUUGGAUCAUUGUCAUAGUUUAAGAAUAACACUAAUACAUUAAUUACUUUUUUAAAAUGGUGCACGCACUGCCGUUUAUUAAGAAGACAAAAUAAACAAAUUUAAAAGUCA